AUGACUACCGAUCUUGAACCCCAGAUGGAGCAAGAUGAUGGUGGGCUCCCAGGCCCUGGUGCUCCCACGCCCCUUUCUGCUCUCGAGGGUAUUGCUGGAUUGACUGCGAGAGAUGUCAAGUUGGUUGUUGACGGAGGAUUUCACACUGUUGAAUCGGUUGCAUAUACUCCGAAACGAGUCUUGGAGCAGAUCAAGGGUAUUUCUGAACAGAAAGCCACCAAAAUCUUGGCUGAAGCUUCCAAGCUGGUCCCCAUGGGUUUCACGACCGCCACAGAAAUGCAUGCUCGACGAAGUGAACUUAUCUCCAUCACCACCGGCUCGAAACAAUUAGAUACUCUCUUGGCUGGAGGAGUAGAGACAGGUUCAAUCACGGAGAUCUUUGGGGAAUUUAGGACGGGAAAAAGUCAGCUGUGUCAUACCCUUGCCGUUACGUGCCAGUUACCAUUCGACAUGGGUGGUGGUGAAGGGAAAUGUCUUUACAUUGACACUGAAGGGACAUUUCGUCCAGUGAGGUUACUGGCCGUUGCACAGCGAUAUGGACUUGUCGGAGAGGAGGUCCUGGAUAACGUUGCCUAUGCUCGAGCUUACAACUCAGACCACCAGCUUCAACUUCUCAACCAAGCGUCCCAAAUGAUGUGCGAAACACGAUUCUCACUGUUGAUCGUCGACUCUGCGACGGCUCUCUAUCGAACUGACUUCAACGGGCGUGGUGAAUUGUCCAACCGUCAGACUCAUCUUGCCAAGUUUCUGCGAACGCUGCAGCGCCUCGCCGACGAGUUUGGCAUUGCAGUAGUCAUCACCAACCAAGUCGUGUCUCAGGUUGAUGGAGGUCCAAGCUCCAUGUACAAUCCAGACCCAAAGAAACCAAUCGGAGGAAACAUUAUCGCUCACGCAAGCACGACUCGACUAAGUUUGAAAAAGGGCCGUGGGGAUACACGAAUAUGCAAGAUCUACGACAGCCCUUGUCUGCCCGAGAGCGAUUGUCUGUUUGCGAUUAAGGAAGACGGCAUCGGUGAUCCCAGCCCCAAAGAUCUAGAAAACGAGAGCAGUCCGGUGGUACAAUAUUGUUUUGAGGCUUUGGCGUUUGGAGCUCUGCCUCGAAAGCUCCUCCGCUAUCAAGCCUGUCGGCAAAGAAAAACAACCGUCGCGCCGCCCACGAGCUCACCCUGUGCCGACGAGCAUGGCAUCCUACGCCUGACUCCUAUCCCGAAUUUUCCGCUCUUAACCAACGCAGCCCGAACGAUGGCAAAAAUUUACAAGGAAAUCAAGGUCGACGUGCGCCCGGCCGCCGCAAGUACCGUGGUCGACAUACAAAUCCCCACGCAGGAAAACUCGCAGCGGCGGGCCAGGUUGGCUCUCUCCUCGCUGACAGCUCAAGAUAUACCGACCAUCAGAGAUGAAGAAGACUACGCGCGACGAUACUUGGCUACGCAAGGGUCCCUUUAUUUCCGCCAACGAAAGGUCUAUCCGCGUACGUUCCUUUGGAGGGUGAUCAACGACAACAAGGUAUUGGAGAUACAGUCUGUGGACAUAUCCAAGAGUGUUGUCGAUCACAAUGAAGCGAACCUGGUACUCCGCUUGGACUUUCAAGACCCAAUAAUUCCGUCUGGUGUGGCACUGGCAGACACCGAAGAUCACGAAGUGUUGAACGUCUUUGUCUUGACCACCUCCAAGAAUCUGCACACGCUGAGCCUUCGACCAGAGUUUUUCCGUCGUGUGUCAUCCAUAGACGAAAACCUUCAAGAUUGGUGCAAAACAUUCGUGCCCUCUCCUCUGUCUUUCACCCAGCCUCAUCGCUUGCACGCUAGCAACACCACCGAAUUGUUUAUCGCGCUUGAAAACGGUGCUCUUUUGAGAUUGACCAGGCGAACCGGAGAUGAUGGGUCACACUGGUCGCAAAUCACCUUUGACGAAAAGUCCUGGGGAGCAUCACUUCGCGGGCUCGUGCCUUGGAACUCCCAACAACGGAUAACGUACAAUGGCCAGAGUCUCGACCCAAACACACCGAAUGCGAUAGCGACAACAUCCGACCAAACCUACGUCUUUGCCGUCUGCCUGAACCAUACACUAAAGGUUUGGAACCUCGCGACAAAUAGAUUGGUUGGUUCGAAGGAUCUUUUAAAUCGCGAGAUACCCAAACAACAACAGGAUUCAACAGCAUAUUUCCUGAACCCGGCGGAUUCUGCUUUCCUUCGAGUGUUCAAUGCGGAAAGGGCUAUGGAUGGAGGAUAUCGUUAUUACGUUGCCACAUAUACCCCUCAUGAAGAAGGGCGGUUUAAGUUCUGGGCCGUCAAAGGCGGUUUGACUGCACCACUGACCAUCGAAGACCUCUUUCCUCAGGCCGUUUUCAGGCCUUUGGACCCUGACACAACUGGGAAUAUGUUCUGGAGCGUUGCCGACUUCCAAAUACGACCAAUGGAGGAAGGAAGACGAAUGGAAUUGUGGGUUCUCUGGCGCAACAACGAUCUGUACCAGCUGUAUACGCUACAUUUUGAUUUCCAGAGCCUAGAGGAAGACUGGUCUGCGAACUGGACAUCAACCGCCUGGGACACACGGCGCAACGAACCAGCUCCUUCUUUGAUCUUAUCAGACACUGUUGACCCGACGGAGAAGUGGCUCAAAUUCAUCUUCCACCCAGGUCGCUACACACCUGAAGUGCUAGAGACAGCGCUCGUUUCAUACCAAGAAGCCCUGAAGCCACGCUCUUCUUUGGCCUUCCCGAAGCGGAACGCGCCAUUGCAAGAACGGCUGUGCUCGACGAUUACGGCGUCUGUAUCAUUACGGAAGUUCGCCGAUGAUGAUUUGGACUAUUCCAAAUAUCGAGCAGACACCGACCACAAGUGGCGCCAGUUUUGGCAAAUUGCCCAAGAAGUCAACGGGCGAAGACUUGAGCCUAUAUCCUUGGCAUAUGAUCUCUACAGUGACCUUCCAUGGGUGAUUACCACCGACACUUGUGCCCUGAUUAGGGAAUGCAGCGCCACUGAGUUACUGCUUCACAAUUCGGUUGCGGAUUUGCAAAACGAGCUGCCUAAAGUUGCAGAUCGCUGGAGACACCGGAAACUUGAGAAUGAGAUUGGCAACCGAUACCACGAGCCUAGCCAUCUCAUUAAGGUCGCUACUGAUUUCAGAAAACGUCUCCCUGCGGCUGCACUGCGAUCAGUUGAACAGGCUUUGCACAGUGAACUGUUCCUAGAACCAUUGCUAUCCGCCACGGAUCGACUAGGAGCCUUUAUUGACCGAGCGGAAUUAGGAGACCAAGUGUCAGACGAUACAUUUAAUUUCCUCUGCUCCUCCAUGAAAGAACAAAUGAACAUUUACAAGUUGCACCGGGAACCAUUUCAAGUCAUCCUAGAUACACUGCCAAUGGGGUUUACAGCCAAAGAUUCGGAAUUGCUUUUUACGGCAUUUGGGGUUAGGGCUAUGACGAAUGGAUCCCAGGAAACAAUCUGUCACACUCGCCAAGUCUUGCUCGAUCUUCUCGUGUUGGUGGUUUUCAUCGGAGGAGAAAUCACUCAAAAGCCCGGCUCAUCGUUUGAUGCAUCAGAAUUGUUCCCGUUGCUCAUAAAUUUUCUGAAGGAGUGCGAACUCCUGUACUGGCUCAGCUCGAAUACCCGAAUCCCACCAAACCGACAUCAGCAUGAUGCUGACAAGGAAAUCACAUCGAAAGAAGCCGGCGCAGUUAAAUCCAUUCUCGAGGACUUCUUUGUUGCCAACAUAAAACCACGACCUAACAUUAGUCUUCCUCAAACGUUCAACCUGACCCAAGGUAUACGAGAUGUCCUCUCGUGGAUCGUUCGUCCCGGAGACGUAGUGCUUCCCAACGUCUUGGUACACAUACAAUGCGAUCUGAUUGCAAACAACAAUGUCGAACUUGCGAGUGACUUCUUACGUUUUCAGCCCAGCAACGCCUGGUCAAGCUAUGUCAAAGGCCGCUUGUUCGUGGCCAAGUCAGAAUUUGAUAACGCAGCACUCUACUUUCAAAAAGCUGCUUUUCUGCUUUCUUUCGGGAGGGCCCUUGGCGACCUGAGUGAAAUGUCGUCUGGUCUGCUCGAUAUUCUCGACGCAGAUAAUUUUAACAACGGCCUUCCGAAAUAUUUCCAACAUAUUCUCAGUGUUUUCGAAAAAGCUCGGUCUUUUACGCAUGUGUCUGACUUUGCUUCAUUUGCGUUACAGGCUUUGGAGACCGAUGGCCAAUAUUCUCAAGACGAUCCAGAAUAUCUAAACAUUCGGACCGAUGUGCUCUCUCGACUGUUCUACGCGUCGUUGAGAACUUGUCAGUUUGACAAGGCAUAUUCUGCUCUCUCGCGCUACACCAACAGUGCUUUGCAAAAGUCGGCGCUCGCUUCUUUGAUAACUGCUAUUCUCUCAGCGUACGGGCCUGGCAUGUCGGGUCUCGAGCAGCUCCUCCACCUUCCGCUUGGCAUCACUCCUAGCCUCUCAUCUCACGUGGAUGAGUGUCUUUUGUCACUUGCAAGGAAGCAGCCCUCCUUCAGUUCCUCUUUAGAUCCAGACGACCUGUGGUGGGAAGGAAACGAUACUCCAGACUAUCACCGUAUCUUGCAUGCCUAUCGCAUUGCACGCAAUGAUCUUCGCGGAGCCGCCGAAUUGGGAUAUCAGACAGUGCAGCGGCUUCGAGAUGCAAGAGAUACUCCACUUACACAGUUAGCGCUUAUCCGACGUGGGAGGAUUGAUGAUGACGAGUCUAGGCGGCUGGUAGAGGAGGAUGAUCUCGAGAGCAAGAAAAUCCGGCACGAGCUGCUAUCGUUGAUCAAUCUUUUGGCGUGUGUCGACAAGAACGAGGCAUAUAUUCUGGUGGAGCUGGACCCUACGCCAGGCAUUACAGAAACGGCGAAGCACAACGACGACAACGACGACGUGUUUAUGGACGAAGCCAACUCUUCUCACGGCCCUUCGAGCCCUUCUGCUCGACGACGCAGCAGUGUCACAGGAUCAGCCGAGGCCAGCCAGCAGGCCAUUGGCAACAAAAAACAUCGACCGAGUCCACAGCGGGCGAUUGUGAAUUUGGAGCAUCUUCGCCGCGAAUACCAGGCCGAGCUUGACCGGGUGAGCCGGAUCCAGCGGGGGGACUGGGAAUUUGGUGCUGUAGAGGGUGAUAUCGACAAUAGCUUACUUAUUAACCUUUGA